AUGUCGUUUUCUCACUUGCUGAAAACGUUCGCUCAAUUUGUCGCGGUGACAUUCUCAAUGGCAAUUAACGCUGUUCUAAUCAUCCUCGUCGUUUAUCACUCUCCAGAUAAGAUUGGAAACUACAAGUACCUCAUGAUUUACUUCUGCUUGAUCUCCAUGUUCUAUGCGGCGAUUGACUUUACUGUCCAACCGUAUCUUCACAGCUACGGCUCCAGCUUCUCAAUGAUCAUGGAUCUUCGUGGGAGUGUCUUCCAGAACUUUCAUUAUGUUGCUUUUCUGUUAACCUCUUCUCUAGCCGGCUGCUUUGGUAUGAGCAUCUACGCAAUCUCCAUCAACUUUGUUUAUCGAUUUUUUGCGAUUCAAAGAGCGAACGGCACCAAGAACUUCUCCGGCUUCAAGUUAUUCUUUUGGCUUUCAAUUCCAAUUGUUGCUGGGAUUGCUUGGUUGAGCGUUGGAGUGUUCCUAAUGGAUUACGAUGAAGAAUUUGCGGAGUAUUUGAGCGAGAGCAUUUACAAGAGUUACGGGCUGGAUUGGCACUACAUAACACUCACGGGAUGUAUGUACUUUCGGUCCGAUGGGAAUGGCGGUUCGCAUUGGAGCGUAAGUGAUACAACAGGAGCAGCGGUUCUUACAGGAAUCAUGAACACUGCCUUCUUCAUCAUUCUCUACUUUGGAUACCGUACCAAAAAGAUGAUCAAUUGUCUUACUACAAAUAAAGGAGACACACGGUUUUCACAACGGUUACAAAAGCAAUUGUAUAACGCAUUGGUUGCUCAGACUCUGAUUCCGAUCACCUUCCUCUUUAUCCCAAUCGGCAUCCUAUUCUCUGCGCCUCUUUUUGGUUUCGAUCUCGAGAGAUGGAGUUAUUUGGUCACAUUCUUCUACUCAUUCUACCCUGUCGUUGACCCAAUUCCAACCAUCUUUUUCAUUGACGAGUACCGGACUGCCUUUCUGAACUUCUUCCGCCGAACACUAAACCGGAACCAAGUCACUCCAGUGAAGUCCAUUGAUAUCGUACCGGAACUUCCGUAG